AUUGACCGGGAAUCGCGGGGUUAUGUGACAUUAUCCCCGCAUGAUACCUCCGACUCAACUGGCCCAACUCCAGUCUCCCUCACUGCCUGGCACAGUAUACAGUCUGGUAGAUCCCAGCCCUUAGCGUUGGUCCAUCGAUUUCAUGAAACUACAGCGACUCACCACGGUGACUGGAGAGGCUACUUCCCGCCAGAAUGUAUAACGUUGCUAAUCACCGACUUAUGGGCUGGCUUGCUAUUGCCCCCCACGCUCUGAAGCCUGUGCUCGCCCAAACGUGGAUCGACUUGGCCCCGAUUCCCAUCGGCACCAUCCAAGAACAUUCAACCGUUCUCCUCUCAGAAACCCUACUUGCAACGGUCGGGGGUAUUUACACGAACACAACCACGGCGAACGACCUGCUGCUGUACGAUAUACCGAGCAAUACCUGGAGUCACGGAGCCCCGAUUCCUGUACCCCUGAAUCACCCAAACACAGCGGCCCACGGUGGAAAGCUGUACGUCCUGGGAGGCUUGGCGGGCUCCUUCCCCUGGGUAGCCACCUCGGCUGCAUAUGUCUAUGAUGUGCAGAACGACUCCUGGAGUCCGAUCGCCGGUAUGCCCACGGGCGAGGCCAGAGGCAGCGCCGCUUCGGCCGUUCACAACGGGACCAUUUAUCUCGCUGGAGGCGAGAGGACCAUCAAUGGACCAACGGUAGAUAUUGUCUCGGCGUACCACAUCCCCUCUGACGAGUGGAUGCCGGUUCCAGAGCCGGCAGCUCGCCUCCCUGCUGGGCGCGACCACAUGGCGUACGCCCAGAUUGGCACCAAGUUCUACGUUCUCGGUGGGCGCGAGAAUGGCCAGACGAAUGUCAAGGACACGGUCUUCAUCCUCGACCUGGCCGAUCUCGCGGCGGGGUGGAAGACAAGCACAGCAAGGAUGCCCACGGCAAGGGGCGGGUUGACAGGCGCGGCGAUCGGUCGGAGGAUCUAUACGUUUGGGGGUGAAGGGAACCCGGCGCCAAACAGUGCCGGUGUCUUCAAUCAGACCGAAAUGUACGAUUCUGUGACGGACACGUGGACGAGGCUGCCGGCAAUGCAAGUUCCCCGUCAUGGGACAUCGGCAGUUGCAGCAGGGGGCAAGGUUUACAUUCCCGGCGGCGGUAUUAUGCAGGGAGCGGGCGGGGUUGGCGUCUUCAACGCUUUUCUUCCGCGAGCAUGCCGGGCUUAGACGCAGAAACUCGUCACUUGCGCCACCUAGGUAGUAGGUAGGUAGAUAUAUAUCUGUACCUUGCGUAUUCGAAUCAGUCC